AUGGAUGAGGCAGAGGAGCUGGUGCCGAGCCCCUGCGCAAGGAGAGGCUCUCGCAGUUUCACCCCACAACAGUACCAGAUGCUGGUGACAAAGAUUUACCAGGAGAAGAACCCUUCCAUGCUGGGAGACUUGAGCUUUAUGUUUGCCAAGUACGAGGGCCGGGAAGAGGAGCUGUUCUCUCAGGUGUGCCUGAAGUACGGUGGCGAUGAGAAGGCUUUGACCCAGGACCUGCCCAGCCAGGCCGAGCUGGACGAGGACGAGCUCCUGGAGGCGAUCCUCCGCCUGGAGGCGGAGAACCAGCGCCGCGCCUGGCUGCUGCGCCGGAAGAAGGACGAGCUCCGGGAGUUGACGCGGCUGAUCCGCCUGGGCCAGGAGCGGCGCCGCUGCCACGCCUGCGACCUGGGCCUGUGCCGCCUGCAGCGCUUCGUGCGCUGCGCCGGCGAGGUGUGCUGGCUGACGGAGGAGGAGGCCAACUGCUGUGAGGGCUUGGAGGGCUUGGAGGGCCUCGAGGGCCUCGAGGGCCUCGAGGGCCAAGGCUUGGCAGAACCAGGCGCGCAGUCUGUGCGGGAGGACUUGCGCCGGGGCACGCAGUGGAUGAUGAGAGAAUUGAGGGCUGUGCUGGUGAGCGUGGCCCAGGAUCAUCCACAGCUGGCAGAGCUUGCCCACUACCUUGCCACCUCAGGCAAAGCCCACAUCAAUAUUUAG